ACCUGAGUCAUGCGUGACAAGGACCUAACAAACCAGUUCACGCAGGAAAUAGUGUACAAUGGCUUUUUAUUACAGAUUUCGUCCUUGCAUUCCUAAUUAUGGAACUCUGCCAAUGUGUAGUAACAUUGCGGGUAUGGCAUCUAUUUUACCGAAGUCGCUUCAUUAGAGGGCUGGCGGUUACUGUUCUGAUCGCUUCUGCGGCAGGAGUUGUAACCGCUGGUGUCGCCGCGUUUGGGCAUAUUCAGGCGGCCGUGUACGGACUAUACAACCCGUCGAACUUAGAGGAGAACCCUGCAACAUUAUUUGUGAUAUACCUGCCAGCCUUGGUUGUCCAUACGACCAUGUUAUCAUUAACGAUAUAUCGUUUUGGCAUUACCCCAACAGCCUUGCCGAGACGCGGGAUCGUCCACCGAUUCUUAAAAGAAGGGAUGUUUAUGUAUGCAUUUGCAGCCGGAACGCUACUGUACGAAAUUGUCGCUCUUUCUCUGACUCAACCAGGGAACAUAACUGUUUACUAUUCAGCUCUAGGGGGAGAGAUAGCAGUAGCAACCACAGUCAUCUCCGUCUGUCGCGCGAUGCUAAGCAUCCGGUCAUUGGCUGCAACUUGCCACGUCGAUCCAGCAUGGUUACUCAAUCAUGCUGAACUCAGUCGCGUCCACUGGAGGAGAGGGACCAGUGAAGGAGAAAUUGUCGUUGAAGUCAACGAGAUGGAUGUGGUUCUUCCCUGCAGAUCGCUACCGUCAACUUCUGUGGAAAUGGAGUAUCCAGGAAAGGUUUAAGACAAUUCUAGAUGUCUUAACAACCACAACUUUACUCCAUAUGUAAUAACUCAACUAGUAAUGGGCACAUCAAUUUGCCUUGCGAAGUCUCAUCUAC